CGUCGCUUAUAGGCGCAGGUGUGCUCGCAGCCAGGUGCGAGUCGCGUGGCCUUACACGCAGGUGCUAUGUGCGCAAAUUGUGGGUUUGUUUACUUGAUAUACAAAUAUAAUCAUGUGGGUUUGGUAUUAUCGCGUUGCAUAAUGACUGCAGUACAUUUUAUCUUAAUGUGUACUAUAAUGUCGAAUUAUUUAGAAUGGAGUAAAAGUAUAUGCGUGUGUACACUUCACACCAAAUUGCAAGGGUGACGAGAGGGAGAUUAUUGACGCGGUGUUUGAAUUGUUGUCUUUGGAGUAAACUUGAAAGACUAUGCACGUGACAUGGUCCCUUUAUAAAGACUUGGCGAAGUGUGGCCCAUGAACUCGCCAUACUUAGCCACUGGUGUGCUGGAAGGCAGAUGCGCGUUAACGAUGCUGGUAACCACACAGCUGACCGUCCUUCUCUUAACGAUCAUCGGCUUGACUGUAACGGAGAAAAUAUUCCACAGUCGGGACCAUUCCGACGUAGAGAUUGCCCCGUCCCAUCAAGCGGAGCUCAUAACGGACAGAGACACAGCAGAACAAUUUCUCCUUAAGUAUGGAUUCCUUAAGCCAGUGAACUCGGAGAAGGCUCAAAGCUCCAGCACCGACAUGCCCACUGAUGCUGCUAUCUCCUUGGAGGACACUGUGGCUUUCGUCCAGGAGGGACCAUCCUCAUCUCGCUCUGGAACUCCAGAAAACAGUUCAGAGAUAUCAGAUUUUUCUGAAGCUCUACGAGAGUUCCAGCGAUUGUCCGGUUUACCUGUUACAGGUCUCCUGGACGACGCCACCAGAACAUCUAUGAACAAGCCAAGAUGCGGCGUCCCAGACAAGGAAGAGAAACUGAUUGAGACCCUGGAAUCCAGCUUGAUUGCACAGCAACUGAAUGACACUUCUUUGCACAAUGCUACCACCCUCAAACAUUUCAACCAUACACUGACCAACUACAGCACGCACAAUGCAGAUGUAACAAACGGCACCAACGACAACGCCACGGCUCAGCCCAGACCAUCCACGCAGGAAAAGCGCCACCUAGCUGCGCCGGUACGUAAGAUUAGGCGGAAAAGAGCUGCCGGCAAGUGGGGCCAUAUGGCUUUCUCCAAGAGCGUUCUCACAUGGCGGCUCAUCGGAGAGGGAUACAGCACCCAGCUCUCCGUCGACGAGCAGCGCUACGUCUUCAGGUUGGCCUUCAGGAUGUGGAGUGAAGUGUCACCUUUGGAGUUUGAGGAGAACUUAUACUCACCCCUGGAGGAGAUCGACAUCAGACUCGGCUUCGGCACAGGACGGCACCUUGGCUGUGUGCAGCGGUUCGAUGGGGCAGGGAGAGAGUUUGCUCAUGCAUGGUUUCUGGGUGACAUCCAUUUCGACGAUGAUGAGCAUUUCACGGUCCCUAACACAGGUGAUGGGAUCAGCCUGCUUAAGGUAGCAGUGCAUGAGAUCGGCCAUGUGCUGGGACUGCCUCAUGUGUACCGCACAGGGUCCAUCAUGCAACCAAGCUACAGACCCCAGGAUUCCACCUUUGAACUCGACUGGCUGGACAGGAAGGCUGUUCAGUACCUCUAUGGGGGUUGUAAGGGUAGGUUCAGCACUGUGUUUGACUGGGUAAGAAAAGAGAGGACCCAAUACGGUGAAGUGGUGGUCCGUUUCAGCACCUACUUUAUGCGUGACGACUGGUACUGGCUGUAUGAGAACCGGAACAACAGAACCCGCUACGGCGAUCCAGUUUCUGUGCGGGUUGGGUGGCAUGGAAUCCCACCUGCUGGUGUGGAUGCCUAUGUUCACGUGUGGACCCGCAGGACAGAUGCAGCGUACUUCUUUAAAGGUGUAAAGUACUGGAGGUAUGACAAUGAGAAUGAUCAGGCCUUCUCUGAGGACCCCGAUGGCCAGCACUACCCUCGUCUCAUCUCGGAGGGCUUCCCUGGGGUCCCUGCCCCCAUCGACACAGCCUACUAUGACAGGAGAGACGCACACAUCUAUUUUUUCAGAGGCUCGAUGGUUUAUAGGUUUGAUGUCAGAGCUAACCAGCUAGCUGCAGGUUCACCCAGGAAGAUAACGGAGUUAUUUCCCCCCAUUGCCAGGGGUGACCACCCUGUCAGCAAUCUGGAUGCAGCCUACUUCUCCUACACGCACAAUGCACUCUUUCUGCUCAAGGGCACCUCCUACUGGCGAGUGGUGGGAAACAGAGAUCAUAGGUUGAAGGCUUCACUACCCCACAAUGGCCUGUUGCCUAGGAGAGAGGUGGACCAACAGUGGUUCGAUAUUUGUGAUGUUCACGUCAGCACUCUAAAGACCUUUCGCAGGUGAUGGCAGAGGCUGUUGCCUCAUCCAAGUCAUAAUGUGAACCUUAUUCACCCAUGCUACCCUACCCCUUAAGAAGAGGAGAGAACAACACUUAAAAGUGGCCAUGGCCAAGUGUAGGCUUUUUUGUAGCAGUGCCCUGACAGUAGAACGUAUUAAAGAUAACAGGUCAGUGCAAUGAAGUCCUUUUCAGACCCUGUAGAAAAAUGUUUUUCAAUUCUGAAAUUGGCACACUGUGCUAAAUCUCACAAUCUCAUCAACAACUAUGUGAGACAAUGCCGAAAAUGUCUUAUCCCCUGGUUAUCACCAGUAUAUGAACAGUAAUGGGGAGAUUUCAUGUACCAAAUUUAUUUCAACGAAAGAACAUUUGAUACUGAUCUGGCAAUUUAGUUUUGCAGAAGCAUGAAUCUCCACCACAGACAUGUAUAAAAAACAUACAAACAUAAAUUAAAAAGUCUUUCCUCCAUGUUACUGAGCCAUUAUAUUCCAGUCAGAGGAACAACCCUCCGUCUGAAAGCCCUGAAUGGAUUUUACUCUGAAUAUAGUUCAGUUUGUAAAGUCAAUUUUAGCCAGUCAUUAGGCAUAGCAAGGUCAUUUAGCAGUUGAGUGAGUGAGUGAGUGAGUUUAAACCCUGCAGAACACUGACAUAAUGGUGGGCAUUCAGGGAUGUGUCUACUUGUCUUAUAACAAUGACAAUACAAACUCAAACAUUCUAGAAUCAGAGUUCCACAAUAGGGUUUGAACAAUCCAUUUCCCCCACCUAUUUGAGUUUUUCUAGAAUAUUAAUAUGCUGAAGAGAUGUAUUUAUGUAUAGUCUGGUUUUAUGCAUAGUUUUAUUUAUUUACAUACUGUAUCUAAUUUUACAUGGGAAAAAAAAAUCAGUAUUUGUUUACCGUUUGUUUGAAUAUCUUUUGAUUAUAUUGUUGGAUUUGCAUUAGGAUGCCUCAACAAUAAAAUUGCACAUGCCAGGAUAAGUCCCACUGAGUUGAAUUAUAUUCAGUGCUGAAGGAGUAUCCUUUAUUUCCCAGGACUUUAGAUUUUUUAAAGAAUUUGCAUAAAUGUAUGUGUGUUCAAGGCUGGGUUGAAAAUUGCCUUAAAACUGUAGCAACAUUAUUUGAUGAUAAUUACAAUAAUCCCAGAUUUGCAUUAUUAAACUGAAUUUGCUGGCAGUAGAUCUCCAGAAGCAGCGGUGAACCUAAACUGCUUGUUUGUUAGAGUGAUCAUGCAUAAUACUGGGAUUUUUUUAUUGUAUGGUAUGAUGUGUAUAUAUUGUGCGAUGUGUAGAAGUAUGCAUAACUGCAUGAUGUUACUGAGUGGCAUGUGUGUGUUGCAGGAUAAGAGUGUGUUAUGGCAUGGCAAUAUGCUUCAUUAUAACCUGUAGUUUUGUGCAUAUGUGUUACAAUAAUGUGUGUGGUACCACAUGCUAACAUGUUCUGCGAUUGUGCUUGAUGAUAUACUCUAAAUGACUCUGCGUGUCAAUAAAGCCCUGCGGUAAGCCAA